GGGAAGCAUUACGUGCUUGAGUCUCAUAAAAACGAAAACGACGCCGUAUCUACGUCCUCUACACUUCCAACAAAAAAGAUUCAUCUUCUUAAGAGAUUACACCUUAUCCAAUUGGUGGUUGCAUUAGGAGAAGCCACUUUUUUUUCUUUGUGUUCUCUGAGCUGUGUAUUGAGAGCUUCAUCUCCUUCAAUGGCUUCCCUAUCUACCACUUCUCUAAGCUUCAAAGCUCCUUCCAUUCAAUCCACCAGAAUUUCUCAGGUGUUGAGGAAACCCUCGAGUUUUCAAUCUAUUGCCUUUGGUCGUUUCCAGUCUUCAAGGAGCCUUCGUCUUCAAAUCAGUUGCGCAGCAAAACCAGAGACAGUGCAGAAAGUGAGUGACAUUGUAAAGGAACAAUUAGCUUUGUCCGCUGACACUGCGCUCACUGCCGAAUCCAAGUUCUCCGCUCUUGGCGCCGAUUCUCUUGACACCGUGGAGAUAGUGAUGGCUUUGGAGGAAAAGUUUAACAUAAGUGUGGAGGAAUCUGAUGCUCAGAACAUUACGACGAUUCAAGAGGCGGCUGAUUUGAUUGAGGAUCUUGUUCAGAAGAAACCGGCGACCGAAGCUUCCUAAACCCUCCCGGUUUAGCAAACCCGGUACAUCGAACCGGCUGUCUUGCCUUUUUUUCUCUCUUUCUGACCUUUCUUGGUUUCAGAGCAUUUUGUUUUGGUAUAUUAGACCGUCUGUUAUUUUUCUUUUAUCCUCUGGAAGAUUGAAUGUUUGACGAUGAGACAACAACUUUGGUACGUUGAAAUUUGAUUCUUUGUGGUAAUUAGUCUUCUAUGAUGAAAAUAUAUAAAUGUGUUUUUAUGUCACUACCACGAUUACUAAUUACUUGGAUGUAUUAUACUAUAAAAG